GUUCAGGACAGCUGAAGCAGUGGGCCGGCCCUGAGUUCAGCUGCAUAUAGCAGGCCGACUGUGCUUCUGAAUACACUUUCAAAGCUAGAAAGGACAAAAAAUCAGCUGUAAAGAAGUUUCAUUUUGUGUGAUUUGAAGCCCCUAGAAGGCUCCUCAAACUCAACGAUGGCUCUGCCGUUAGACCCCAUGGACGAGCCCAGGAUGUACCAGCAGACGCUGCUCCAGGACGGCCUGUUCGACCUGCUGGAGAACGACAAGCUGGUGGACUGCGUGCUGAAAAUAAAAGACAAGGAGUUCCCCUGCCAUCGGCUGGUCCUGUGCGCCUGCAGCGCUUACUUCCGCUCCAUCUUUCUGUCCGACCUGGAGGAGAGCAAAAAGAGAGAGGUCGUCUUGGACGAUGUGGAGCCCGGCGUCAUGGGUCUGAUCCUCAAGUAUCUGUACACCUCCAAAAUCAACGUGACGGAGCAGAACGUCCAGGACAUCUUCGCGGUGGCCAACGUGUACCAGAUCCCGUCCAUUUUUACCGUUUGUGUGUCUUUCCUACAGAAGCGCCUGAGCCUCAGCAACUGCCUGGCUAUCUUCAGGCUCGGCCUGAUGCUGGACUGCUCGCGGUUGGCGGUCUCGGCCCGAAACUACGCCUGCGAGCGCUUUCAGCUCAUCUCCAGAGAUGAGGAGUUCUUCCAGCUGCUCCCCGGCGAGCUGGCGGCCAUUCUAGCAAACGACAAUCUGAACGUCGAGACGGAGGAGGCGGUGUUCGAGGCGUUGAUGAACUGGAUGUCCCGGGACACCGAGAGCAGAGAGAAAGAUCUGCCGGGUUUGCUGGAUUGCGUUCGUCUGCGUCUGGUCAACGAGGAUUACCUGACGGACAAAGUGGAGAAACACAAACUGAUCGCCUUCAACCCGGAGCUGCAGCAGAAACUCCAGCUGAUCAGGGACGCUCGCGCUGGGAAAAUGCCGGAGGUUAAAAAAAGCAAAAAGGAGGACGGAGGAGCAGAGAAAGAUGGGGAUAAUGAGGAGGAAGAGGAAGAGCUUCUACCCGGCAUCCUGAAUGAUACUCUGCGAUUUGGCAUGUUUGUGAGGAACUUGAUACUGAUGGUGAACGAGGCGGGCGCCGUGGCCUACGACCCGGCUGGAAACGACUGCUUCGUCGCGUCGCUUUCCACACAGAUUCCCAAGAACCACACCAGCCUGGUCACCAAGGAGAACCAGAUCUUUGCGGCAGGAGGAUUAUUCUUUGAUGAACAGAACAAAGAAGAUCCACUGUGCUCUUAUUUCCUACAGUAUGACCCGGCCACUGCCGAUUGGUUGGGGAUGCCUCCCCUCCCAUCACCCCGCUUCCUGUUUGGACUGGGUGAGGCUGAGAACUCCAUCUUUGUUUUGGGAGGGAGGGAACUGAAGGAGGAGGAGCAAACGCUGGACUCAGUUUUGGUCUAUGACAGAGAAUCCUUUAAAUGGGGUGAAUCAAAGCCACUACCUUACCCGGUCUACGGACAUGCAACCGUUUCCCACAAUGAUGUUGUUUAUGUGAUUGGAGGAAAGGGAGACAGCAAGAGCUGUCUGAAGAAGAUGUGUGCAUACGACGCCAGGAGGUUUGAGUGGAAGGAGCUGGCACCCAUGAAGGUCGCACGCUCUUUAUUUGGAGUCACCGUUCAUAAAGACAAAAUAUAUGUGGCUGCAGGAGUCACGGACACGGGGCUGUCCGACUCUGUGGAGAUGUACGACAUCGCUACGAACGAGUGGUCAGACUUCGUAGCGUUCCCCCAGGAGCGCAGCUCUCUGAACCUCGUGUCCGUGGCUGACCGGCUGUACGCCGUGGGAGGGUUCGCCAUGAUGCCUUUGGAGGACAGCGAAGAGAUUGUUCCCAGAGAAAUGAACGACAUCUGGAGGUUUGAUGACACAGACAAGAAGUGGAAGGGGAUCCUCAAAGAGAUCCAGUACGCUUCAGGGGCCACUAUUCUGGGGGUCCGCCUCAACACCAUGCGCCUCACCAAGAUGUGAACCCCCUCUGGUCCCUGCUUGUUAACACAAAUCUGCUCACAGGGAUCUGCUCCUGUAUAGCAGCUAACUGUACUUUUAGCUCAUGCACAAUUUGUUAGGGGGGUUGAAGCCAUUUUUAAAUGUGUUUGAGUGAUUUUAAUCUGACUGAGAUUGUAAAACUGUAAACAAUCUGUAGCCGGUUGACAAUUUUUGCACUGUAAUAGAAUAAACUGUAAGUAUCUCACACCAAAUACGUAUGUGAGCUUUAAGGAAAAUGUGUUCGCGAUAAGUUGUGCAUUUCUCAACAGAUUACAGACCUUAGAGACUUUUUGCUGGAACAUGAUACAGUUUAAAAAUAAACACACAACACACAUCUCUUUUUGCAAUAAUAUAACUAUACUGUUUAAUAUUGAAAUGAUUUCAUUACGCUCUGCUGUGUUAGACAGUGAACACGAGUCAAUAAUACAAUAAAAGAGAGAAAAUACAGUCUAAUGUUAUUAGCACCUCUAGACACUAUCGUCCUUGUACGGUUUUUUUGUAUUUUAAUAUAGCUGAACUAGACAACUACUGUCUACACAUGGUCUUUGUACACCAGAGUUAACUAAGACAUAGUGUUUACAUUAUGAAGAAGAGAAUCAGUAAAUAACAGUACACAUGAAUUAACACAGCGGCAGUAUGAGUAGAUAUGGGAAAUGGAGAGGGCAUGUGGAUAAUACAUCUUUGAAUUGGCAUUGGUGCCUAUUGUUAUACUCACAGAAAUCUUUUCCCAAAAAGAGGGAAAGUCACCACCGAACAAACUUCUUAGAACAGCCAACCAAACUCACACAUGCAAAGUAACCAACAGAAACUGACAAAAUGAAGUAAAAGUUCAUCAAAUAUAAAUGACCACAUCAAUAAUAUUUUCAAUUUAGCUUAAAAUAAUAAUUAGCUAGAUAAUGAAGCUAAUUAUAUUAAAGGGUAUGUCUUUUGUUUAUAAUCAGACCACAGACAUUCUUUUAUUUUAUUUUAAGGAAUUAAUUAUAUGGGAUUUUGUGUCUCUAAAAAACAAAAGUAAAAUACAAAAUAUAGCUCUUUGCUGGAGAUUUAAGGAAAGUAUAAACAUGUAAAUUUUACUAGGACUGCAAUAAACAAUUAUACUAUUCUUAGUAAAAACAAAAAAACAAAAACAUGAGAAUGUUAUCUUUUUUGAAGAUUAAUCAAUUAUCAAAGAAGUCGUUGAAUAUUUUCUGUCACUCCAUUUUAAUUAUUUAACAAACAAUAGAUUUUUUCAGUUAUAUUCUUGAUUUGUUUGGCCACUUUCUGUCAGUUUUGGGGCUCCAUAAAUUUGCUACACAAAAUAUGGUUAGUAAAACAAACAAAAAACUAAACGGAUGCAACGGAACAAAAAAAGAGCCAAUUAUUUUCCAUUUUCAAAAGAGUAACGCAUUUUCUUACAUUCUUACACACACACACACAAUGCUUUCUUACCAAUAUCAUGAAAUCUUCGUAACUGCUAUAAUUUAAACAGCAAUAUUCCCAAAAUCUUUCUUGAAGCUGAAGGCAACAAAUUCACUUAUUUUGGAGCCACACUCUGGCUAGCAGCUAAACCCCAAAACUACAAAUCCCAAUAGAGACCCUACUUGGCAACCCCAUGAGCACUCUGCUGCGCACACACUGCCAUGCUCAAUGCGCCACUUAAUCAAUGACAAACCCUCAUUUAAGGACAAGGGCAGGUCCAUCUUCUCCUCAUCUGAAACAAGCCUUUGGCUGCUGGCCUUAGUUCAGGACAAUUUGGCUAUAAAAACACAUUAAGCCUACUUGCCUAGAAUAUAAAGACUCUGCUAAAUGUCCCUUCUCAGUUUACAGAAUAUCAGCUCUUCAGUCACUUAACUGAAAUAACAUAUACUUGAAGAGAUUCAUUGAUACAUUCUUUCAAGAUUUGUGUGACGUCAGGGCUUAUAGACGUCCGUCUCCGAUACAUUCUUAAUGCAGAGUUGCUUUGAUGACGUCUCAGAUGGGUUUUGUUUGCAGCUGGAUUUAGGGAGGACUUUGUUUUCUAAAUAAUAAAAAAAGGCUAAGGAUUAACAUUUAAAUCCUGCUACGAUGGAUUUAGAAUGCCAAAUUUCCUCUGAAAGUUGUGUCAUGAACUAUUAAUGUAAUACUGUGUGGAAAGUGGGGUAAAACAAAUAAUCUGUUGUUGUUUUUUUACAUUACCUUGUCUGUUCUUUGCCAAUUAAUUAAAUACAUUUUGACUAAC